UUCAUGGCUGUUUUCAAACCUUACAUUUGAGCAGCCGGUGGGCAGCGAGACCCGCUCUGAAACAUGCGGUACCACAACGCCCCAUCAGGAUGGACAUUUCUUCCUUUUUCAUCCAGCCUGCCAGCCUCCGGAGCGCAGCGGUGCAGCAGGGGUCCAGGCUGCCCGCCGGAUCCGCUCUCGGCUCCGCCCGCUUCCUGUCUCCGUCCGCAGACGCGUUUUAGCGCAUUAAACCCGGCGGCACAAACAGGAGGAGUGGAAGCAGUGGGAUGGCUCUCUGCUGUGUUGUUGUGAUUUUUUUUCUCCCCUAUCCUCUCCUUGUGGGUGGAAAACACUGGUGAGGAGCCACGCCGCCCACUAAACAAGCCCAGACGCGCACCAACUGUUUCCCAACCCGGAGCGGAGCCCCGACACACGGCCGGCUGGACGGACCAGAGGACGGUGUGCGGCGCUUCCUGGUGGAUCAGACGCGUUACGGCUGCUGCUCGGUCACUCUUCGUCCUCUAGCUACAAAAGCAGAAGCUUUCACACAAACUGCUUGAAAGACUGGAAAACUUUCCCUCAGACAUGGAACAUUUCGCCAACUGAAGGGUUUUGAUGACAGUGAAGUUGAGGACAGUGUUGGAUUGCAAAACAUCACAACCUGCUCUGCAUUGAGACUAACCAAGCUACUGGCUGCUGGAUGCACCUUUCCAACAUGGAGACUCUUUCCCAGGACUCCAUUCUGGAAUGCCAGAUCUGCUUUAACUACUACAGCCCCCGGCGGCGGCCCAAACUCCUGGACUGCAGGCACACCUGCUGCUCCGUGUGCCUGACCCAGAUGCGCAGCACCCAGAAGGAGAUCCGCUGCCCUUGGUGCCGCGGCGUCACCAAGCUUCCCCCCGGCCUGUCCGUCUCCCAGCUGCCAGACGACCCGGACAUCAUCACUGUCAUCGCUAUACCUCACGCCUCGGAGCAUACGCCCGUCUUCAUCCGCCUCCCUAGCAAUGGUUGCUACAUGUUGCCGUUGCCGGUCACCAAGGAGCGGGCGCUCGGCCUGCCGGGAGACCUGGGUUGCCGAUUUCUUCCUGGCGGCCAGCAGAAGGGCGUGACGGUGGUGACCGUGGCCGAACAGCAGCCUCUGGGCCUGGCGAUGGGCCUGGAGAGCGUCGGGCUGGACGGCAGCGAAGGUGAGAGGAGAGUUCCCGGCCCUGUUGGAGGAGGAAAGGGUUCCACAUGGUCCGGCGUUUGCACGGUUAUUUUGGUGGCGUGUGUGCUGCUGUUCCUGUUGGGAAUCGUGCUGCACAACAUGUCCUGCAUCUCCAAACGCUUCACUGUUAUCUCCUGCGGCUGAGGGAGGUCAAUUUGACCUCCUGCGGACCUCCGCCCCUUCCUCAGUGGCCCAAACUCUUCUGAGGAGUGGAGACAUUGCUUAACAUCACAGGAAAACCCGGCAACGACAGAGCAAAGGGGAGUAGUACUGAUGAGGGAACAAUGAAAAGGAGAUUUAUAAACUGUCUGUCAGAAUUGUUUUUUGUUUUCAAUUAUGAAAACUGAAAACGGAUAUUUUCCACCAGCUGUGUGUUGGUUCUAAAAACUGCUACAUCUUUGUGUUUUCUUCAAGAACGUUCUGAAAGUCACCGUGGAUCUGUUUUUUAGACAGCUGAUUGUGUUUUCCUAGAGUGACGUAGACAUCCAUUACACUCGAAGUGACUGGAACGCCUGUUUGCUGUGUGGUUUGUAAAAGUUCAUCAGUUAUCUGUGUUUUUAUUAGCCAUAUUGAGGCUUUGAGCGCUGUGUCUUAAAGGUGACGUAUAAUGCUUGCUUGAACAGGUUAGGAUAGGUCUAUGGUUUGUACAAAAUAUGUUUGUUACUUUUGUUUGCACAAAGUCAUUCUUAGAUGAUGAGAUUUUAGUCUAUUUUGAGCUCCUUUCAUAAUGAGCUGUCUUAGGGUGUCUUGUCACUUUAAAUCCAAAUAA